AUAUCAGCUCUAUUUCCUGUUCUGCGCAGUGGCGUCGAAACAAUAAUGGCGGUGACUGAUAAAUCUACGAAAGAGCGGUUAUUAUCGGUACUGGACGAUUUAGAAGUGUUAUCCAGGGAAUUGAUAGAGAUGCUUGCACUGUCAAGGAGCCAAAAACUCCCCCAAGGAGGCGAGGACACCCAGAUCCUGGAGCUGCUGGUGCAGCGAGACAGAGAGUUCCAGGAGCUGAUGGGGGUGGCCCAGGAGCAGGGCAAGGUGCACCAAGAGAUGCAGGUCCUGGAGAAGGAGGUGGAGAAGAGAGACUGCGACAUCCAGCAGCUCCAGAAACAGCUGAAGGAGGCUGAACAUAUACUGGCGACUGCUGUAUACCAAGCAAAGGAGAAGCUAAAAUCUAUUGAUAAGGCCAGAAAAGGGAGCAUCUCCUCAGAAGAGAUCAUCAAAUAUGCCCACAGGAUUAGUGCCAGCAAUGCAGUGUGUGCACCUCUCAACUGGGUACCAGGUGAUCCACGUAGACCUUACCCGACUGACCUGGAGAUGCGCAGUGGAAUGUUGGGUCACAUGAGCAAUCUGCCAACUAAUGGCGUGAACGGACACCUGCCUGGAGAUGCACUGGCUGCUGGCAGAUUGCCGGAUGUGCUUACACCCCAGUACCCCUGGCAAUCGUCCGACGUCUCAGUGGGUAUGCUCCCCCCGCACCAUGGCAACGACUUUGGACUGGAGCCCCCCGGCCACAACAAAGAGAACGAGGACGACGUGGAAGCCAUGUCUACAGACUCAUCCAGCAGCAGCAGCGACUCAGACUGACUGGCUGAGUGUCUGUCUGUCUGUCCAUCCGUCCAUCAGCCCGCCCAUCUGUGUGUGUGUGUAUAUCUGAAUCAUCAGCUGACUGUGUGUUGGGAAUUGGACACUCCCACUACCUCGUAGAGCCAGCUAUCCAUCACACCCAUAACCUAUACGAAAAGCUAGAGUUUGAUCACUCUGACCCUCUCUUUUCCCAGCUUGUUGAUAAAACAUUUGUACUAAAUUAUCUGUCAUCCCCAAUGUAAUACACUAUAUAUACUUUUGAAUGUGGACACCCCUUCAAAUUAGUGGAUUUGGCUAUUUCAGCCACACCCUUUGCUGACAGGUGUAUAAAAUCGAGCACACAACCAUGCAAUCUCCAUGGACAAACUUUGUCAGUAGAAUGGCCUUACUAAAGAGCUUAGUGACGUUCAACGUGGCAACAUCAUAGGAUGCCACCUUUCCAACAAGUCAAUUCGUCAAAUUUCUACCCUGCUAGAGCUGCCCCUGUCAUCUGUAAGUGCUGUUCUCUGGAGUGAUGAAUCAUGCCUCGCCAUCUGGCAGGCCGACGGACGAAUCUGGAUUUGGCGGAUGCCAGGAGAACGCUACCUGCCCGAAUGCAUAGUGCCAACU